AAGUCUUGAGAUGGUGUAUGCCGAAACUGUGUUCGGCCAUCAGGGUGUACAAGGCGUUGGUUUGUAUUCCAGAUUCGAUCCAAAGGACCCAGGUGGAUUUCACGCUGAAGUUUGCUAUAUUGAAAACUCCUUUUUUGCUGUUUUUCCUUCAUUAAAAGAUAAGGUGUCAAGAUAUUUAGACAACGCUGAAAACAUGGAWUUGGACUUGAAAGAGAAAGUUCGAGAGCUGCUAACAAGAGAAUCAAAUUCACCCUCAAAAGACGAAGCAUUGGAGAUGUUAAUCACUGAGCAAGAACAUGACCAAAACCAAGUGCAACAACAGCAACAAGAUCGACUUGUUGUUAUUCUUCGUGGUAUUCCAGGGUCGGGAAAAACACAAUUCCUGGAAAACACACUUGAAAGUAAGAAUCUUCAAGGUUUAGUGGUGUGCAGCCCAAAGCAACUUUUCUACAGAGCUGGAAACUCAACAGUAGAUCAAGCUGACAUCAAUAUUGCUGAAGCAUAUUGCAGGAAUGCGUUCUUGGAAGCUCUAACAAGCGACGCGUCGAUUAUUGCUAUCGAUGAUUGCCAUUCGCAUUGCUGGCAAUAUUCAGUUUAUCAGGAUAUUGCUGCCGUUUUUGGUGUCAAGGUGAAAGUUUUGGAAAUAUCGUGCAAUGACCGUGAGAGCAUCAUGAAGUGUCAUCAAUACACUGACCAAUCUGUGGAUGCUUUGGUGAAACUGGUUGAGGAAUGGGAAGAAGAUUCCAGCGCUGUUUGUAUCGAACCGUGGUUCAAUAAUCCUGACAUUAAAGAUGGUGGUAUUUCGUUGAGAGAUUUAGUGCUAAACUAAACAUCGCUAUUGCUCAUUCCCAUGAGAUUCAAAUUAAAAGACCGGCGGCCAUGUUGGAGGAAUGAACAAUAGUUACUAAUGAGAAAUCCUUUGUUAACGUUCCUCCAAGAUGGCCGAUGUGACGUAUAGUGAAAACGAAGAAUAAAUCAAAUAAGUGAAAAAUGUUCUCUGUAAUAUAAUUUAAAUGAUAUUGAGACAUAUAUCAUACGGGUAUAUUUAGAAUAUUGCACGUYAUUACACCCACUAUAAAGUCAAUUCAGCUAUAAAUCAAAAGAGCACCCUGACAUCAGUCUUUUUCACAUGCAUCUCGCAAGCAGAACACCUUACGCUAAAAAUUGAAACUGAGUCUUAAUUCUUUCUAAAAUCACAGUGGAUUUUCAUUUUUAAUCUGAUUUUAAAAUUCAAAGACGUUGAAAAUGUCAUUGUUUUACCGUUAAAAAAAUUUCUUAAAAAUAUCAAUAUAUACAUCAUUCAACAAAGCGUGUAUAAUAUGCUACUUUUCAAUUUAAAAUUAUGACCAGAUCAUGAACUAGUUUUCAGUGCGAAUCGAAAAGUCGUGACCGCAUCGAAACAUUUAGGGAUUAAUGUUUAUUGUUCAUUGACCAAUCAGAAGCGAGAUCAUCUCAGUGUUUUUAUUUUGGGCGGUCGAGGUUUUUCGAUUUCGCACUUUAACCCUUUUACCGCCGAAAAAUUGUGGUUAAAUUUGACUGUUUUUAAGGCAGAAUGAUUUAAAAAUUUUUUUUUAAUUUAUUGAA